AUGUUGCAGUUUGAUGAAGAAGAGUCUGAACAACAACUAGGAGCAACUGCAUCUGGGCGCAAGAGACUAUUUAGUAAAGAGCUAAGAUGUAUGAUGUAUGGAUUCGGAGAUGACCAAAACCCUUAUACAGAAAGUGUUGACUUUUUAGAGGACCUAGUAAUUGAAUUUAUCACUGAGACUACCCACAGAGCUAUGGAAGUUGGUAGAUCUGGUAGAGUACAGGUAGAAGAUAUAAUAUUCUUAGUGCGUAAAGAUCCAAGAAAAUAUGCCCGUGUGAAAGAUUUACUCACAAUGAAUGAGGAGUUGAAGAAAGCAAGAAAAGCUUUUGAUGAAGUUAAAUAUGUUGGCGCAGAUAAAAUACCAAUGCAUUCGUUUCCUAACCCUGACAUUCACCCCGAUCGAUUCCGAACUUGGCUUCCGCUCUCGGAGGAGAGAUAUUAG